GCGAAAAAUAUACUUAGGAUAGUUUUCAAUUUGAUUUUAUAUUAUAAAAUUGUGUAAAAUUCUAUAUAAAAUUAGAUUUGUUUUUAAAUAUAUAUAUAUUGUUAAUCGGAAAACUCAGUGAAUGUUAUUUAAUUGUAAAUGCACUUGCAAAUUUGCACACUCUUUUGUCUGCAAAAUUGUAGGUGCAUGUAUGUAUUCAUAAAAGUGGAGUCUAGUCUGAUAAGUUAAUUAAGAUAAUGUUAAGAAAUUUAGGCAGAAAUGCCUAUCUUAAAACGUAGAUCUUAAGUAAGAUACUCACUUAUAUAUUUGUUAAAGGGUAUAGAUAUGAAAUAUGCAUAUUUUAUCUACCUAUCUACCCCUUUAAAUAAUCAAUGCACACAGUACAAAGUACUUCCAAUACACAGAACCAAAAGGGAGAAGCUUGGAAGAUGGAACCAAUAUCUUAGUUAAUUAAUAAUAUAUAAAAAUAACACCAAAGUCGAGUGCCCGGACUAUAAUUAUUUAAAUAUUAUAUAUAUCUAACUUACUACCUAUUCUACACGAACACUUUAUGUAUAUCUAAAAAUAUGAACCUUCCAUUUCAGGAUCAACAAAAUGUGAUUAAUAUUAAUAACGCUUAUUAAUAAUCACAUUUCAUAAUCUAAUAUGUUACAACUAUUAUCGCUUAUUGCAUAUCUUAACCAUAUUUCAAUGGAUAUUACGAGUUUCUUUUAUUUCAGAAUGGGAUCUCUUCAUAAAAGAAGUUUUAAUGUUGAUUUAGCUGCCACGACCUUAUUAUUAGAUCCCAUAUCCCUCAUCCAUUUUAUUGUUAAUCCGCUUGUCUGAUUGAUCCUAUAUCCGUCCGUUUGACCAUCCGUCUGUCUGUCUACGAGACUGUCGGUUUGUUUUUGAAGCCUAUUAUGAAGGCAGUUCAUUUCUGGAGACGUUGCACUUUUGAUAAUAAUAUAUUUAUUAUUGUAAUUAUAAAUAACAUUUAUCGUUACAGGAUUACUUCAGAUUCCUAGCGGAAUCGAUGCAGCAUUAUUAUUGUUAUUUAAAUAAUACAAAUUGUAAUAUGUCAAGUGGACUUUUAAACAUUUAAUUAACAAUUUUUUUUGGUUUUCGGCUGUAUUUCUAAUUUGCAUUUUUUUUACUAUACGAAAGGUUGGUAAGAACUUUUAUAUAUCAAAGCAGCUGGUGGAAAAAUAUACGGUUUUGUGUUCAAACUAACUCUAAGGUUAAACAUAUCUUUGAGCCUUUCUAUAUUUCGGAUUCGCAGUUUUAUAUAAAAAUGUAAUUUAUUUGCAUUUUACAUUGAAGACAUUUUAAUGAGUAACUUAUUUUACCGUUGUAAAGUCAAGAUACCCAUUGAACGGUCUGAUGAUCAGCUUAGAAAUGACUAUUAAUUAGAAACACUAUUCCCACGAACAUUUGAAAUACCAAAAGAGAUCAUUUAUGUAUACUUGCAGUUUUAUCCGUUAAAUAACUUUCAGCUCCUUGCACAAAACCAUCUUUUCGAGGGUUCAACCAUUUUAGAAUGGAAACUUUUUCAUAUAUUAGAAGAAGGUUCAAUCGUAACGAAUAUAAAUUUCAGUUUCCAAAACAUGCAUCGGAUACAUGAUGAUGAAUACUCCGAGGAUGUAAAGGAAUCGGACUUUAAGGCAUCGAUUCAAAAGGAAAUAUCAGUUAAACCACGUCAUCAGAUUUCAAUACCAGAUAUUUGCACAGAAGCCGUUAAGAAUAACUGUUUUCCCCAGGCGGGCUUUUUGAAUAAUUCGAUUGCUUUUGCCUCACAUGUGGUUAAGUGCAGUUCCCCGGCUUCGAGCAUAGAUGAAUCCUCAUCGACGGCUCAGCACGAAACCAAUCCUCACAUGCAUAUUCAGGGCCAACAUAUGAUGGCUCCUGUGCCUGAUCUUGGCUUCUAUAAUGUUCCCGAGUUCAUUUCAGAACAGGAAAAGCUUAUGUUUUCCGAUGCCGAAAGAUUUUUGAGGUCAAAAGAUAAUGAAGUGUGCAGUAAUGAUUUUAGCUAUAUGCAUGAUGAAUUCGCCAUGCGCAAGUACUAUCAUCCUCUAUUUGCCCAUGGCAUCUGCCGCUGGCCAGGAUGCGAAAUGGAUUUGGAAGAUAUCACAUCAUUUGUCAAGCAUCUGAAUACUGAACAUGGUUUGGAUGAUCGAUCUACCGCUCAGGCCCGAGUUCAGAUGCAAGUAGUCUCACAGCUAGAAUCCCACCUUCAAAAAGAAAGAGAUCGCUUGCAGGCCAUGAUGCACCACUUGUAUUUGUCCAAGCAACUUUUAUCACCCACCAAGAUCGACAGGAAGGACGUACCCGGAAGAGAUGGAAAGUUCUGCCGAAGUCCGCUUACCAUAAAUAGCAUUGGUCGACCCAUGCGGCAGACAAAUUCACCCAGCUCCCUUAAUCUUCCAAUGGUCAACUCCACCAACUUAUGUUCGAUCAAAAAGAGAAACCACGACAAAAACUCUUUCUCCAUUAAUGGUGGAUUACCUUAUAUGCUUGAAAGAGCAGGACUUGAUGUGCAACAGGAAAUUCAUCGAAACAGAGAAUUUUACAAAAAUGCUGAUGUGCGACCGCCAUUCACAUAUGCUUCCCUUAUAAGACAGUCCAUAAUCGACUCCCCUGACAAGCAGCUAACCCUGAACGAAAUCUACAAUUGGUUCCAAAACACAUUUUGCUACUUCCGGCGCAAUGCAGCAACGUGGAAGAAUGCGAUACGUACGAACCUAUCUUUACACAAGUGCUUUGUACGUUAUGAAGAUGACUUUGGCUCGUUUUGGAUGGUCGACGAUAAUGAGUUUGUCAAAAGGCGGCACCUGUCGAGAGGGCGUCCCCGGAAAUAUGAUCCAUCCUCCUCCCCAAAUUCAUGCCAAUCUGGCAACGGUGUGUCAACUGACAAAAAUCCCUGCGACAAUUGUCCACAACAUUGCUCGAGUUUGCCCCCUGGGGCCGAAAAUCCCCUAGAUUCGAACAAUCCAAAUGAUAUCGGGCGAAUCGGUUGCCUUCCUUUUUGCGGAAGUGAUGGUUUAGGUAAGACGUCUAAGGACUAUAGCAAUAUUGAUUCGGGUAUGGUCGAAAGUAACAGCCACUUGGCUAUGGAUGAGUACGCUACUAAUAUGUACGAAAGUAGUGCCAAUGAGCACAAUCGAUAAAUGUAUCAUUAAUAAUAAUUAUUUAGAUGCAUUGUCAGGAUAUCUGAGUUUUUCAGUUCAGAAGGUUCGGAUUCGGAAAUUAUACUUGUACAUACACCUAGUUCUAAGUGUAAUUUCCUUAAUAGAAACAAAGAAAAAUACUUUUAACAUAAAUAACACUAAUGCAAUAAAAUAAAUAAAUAAUUUGGUAAAUUAUUAAAGCAAAAUUAAUUUGUUUAGUUAUGCUUUAAUAACCCAAAUAAUAAAACGAAUAAUGAAUAUUUUAGAUCUGCAGUUUACAGCAACUCAAUAAAGUUUUAAAAAGUUAAGGUUUUUUAAUUAUUAAGAAAGUAUUAUACAAAGGUUUUAAAUCCUUCUAUGGGUAACUAGCAGUAUAACCUUUAUGUUAUACCUUCAUAAGAAUGAAUACCGUUGACUGCCUGGAUCUCUGGUGUAAGUAAGGACUAUCAGAUUUGAUAACUGAUAGCAACAUAUUUCGCCUUUUAUUAACCCCUGUUAUAAUAUUCUACGCUUUUUUCGUUUUUUUUUUCAGAAUAAUAAAUUGCUAAAGGACCCAAAUAGUAUGUGUUGUUAAAAACAACAAUUAGAAACUUGCCUUUAUUCAGGGACCUCUCACAUGAGUAUCCGAAAAUUUACGGAAUAAUAAAAUAUAAUGAGUUGAAA